AUGUCGAUCUCCGCUUGGAAGCCAGCACAAUCUAGCAUGACAAACUUUUCAGUUCGGGGCAUGAUGAACAAGCACCAAGGGAAGGAUAAGGUGGUGGUGGUAUUGGGUGCCACUGGCACAGGCAAAUCGCGCCUGGCGAUAGACCUGGCCACCCGUUUCGGGGCAGAGGUCAUUAACUCGGACAAAAUUCAGGUCUACAAGGGCCUUGACAUAGUAACCAAUAAGGUGAGCAAUGAGGAAUGCCACGGCGUGCCGCACCAUUUGCUCGGAAUCAUUGAUCCCGAGGUGGAUUUCACUGUACAUGAUUUUGUGCAUCAUGCAUUGCUGGCUGCUGAUGCCAUCGUACAAAAGAAUCGCGUUGACUGGAGCACUAAGAGUGGGCACGUUUAG